AAAAAAAGCACGAGUUUGCGCGUGCGCAGAAGUUACGAGCGUCGUCGUCACUUCUCGAGUAAAAGUUGCUUCUUUCGCUAAGGCCUGUCGACGGCGGAGAAAGCCAGCCAGCCGUCGCCGUGAUGACGUAGGGAUUCCCCCCUCGUCGCUCCUCUUCCUCCCCCCUCCUCCCGUCGCGCAGUUGUUGUUUUUUUCUUUUUGCGUGCUGCGUGCUUGCGUCAGGCGGACCGUGGCGCGGCUGAUCUGGUUCCCGCCAUCUGCCCUUUCCACUAAGCUAAGAGGAGGCCGGGCCGCGGUGGGUCGAGCCAGGCCAGGCCGGCGCCGGGGCUAAAGUGGAGAAUAACCCCGAAGUAGGAAGGAAGCGGCAGCAGCGGCGGCGGCGGCAGCAGCAGGGAGACAACGUCCAGGCCGGGACUGGUCUGUGAGGAAGCGGGAGGUGGAAGGGAAAGCCGCCACCCGCCCGCCAUCGCCGGAUUUGUGUUUAAAAGCAAACUUCAUUAUUUUCAUAGACUAGUUGUAUGAAAACAUGGCUCCACUGAAAUUACGUGGGACUAUUCGCUUGCGCAGCAUACAGACUGGGACUACAAAAUGGAAAGAAGGGACAUUCGAAAUAGUUGAUAAGGAUAGCAAAGUGACUCUGGCGGUUCACUACAAUGCUGGAGGAAUGCCAAAGAUAUUUCAGCUAAACCAUAAUAUAAAAAAUGUGACUGUGCGACCAAGUAGAGGGAAACUGUGUUCCUUGAUUAUAUCAUUAAAUGAUACUAGUUACCUGACAGUGGAUAAAAUACCACCUAAGGAUGCAGAGGAAAUGAAGCAGUUUCUGGAAGCUGUUCAAAAUGGAGUUCAUACAGCUGUGAAAUCAUCCCAAGGGUCUGGCAGUUUUGGUGUUCUGGGCAGUAGAACCACACAGAAGGAUUCUAAUAGGCAAUUCCCAUAUAUUGAAAACCAGACUCCUUCAAAAAAAGGGAUUGUAGAAAAUAAAGAUGAAACUCAACUUCGUAAGGUGCUGGGCAACCCAGGAAGGGCAUCCAUUAAGAAUUCUUCAGUAACUGGAACGCCUGGCUACCGAGUUACCAUUUCUAGUCCUUCUGCUGCUUCAACACCUCACAGAACAGGGCUGUUGGAAAACCGUGAAAGAAGGAAAAGGACACCACCUACCUCCGAAAUGAAUGAAGAUUACCCAAAAGAGAAUGAUUCAUCAACCAAUAACAAAGCCAUGACUGAUCCAGCACGGAAAUUCUUAUAUAGCAGCAGGGAAAAACAGAUGAGCUUGAAACAGACUGAGGAGAAUAGGACAUCAGGAGUUUUGCCUUUACAAUCUUCUUCAUUUUAUGGAAGCAGAUCAUCUUCAAAGGAUUAUUCAGCUGGGAGUUCUAAUUUGGACAGGACUAACCUGUUGAAUCAGACUCCUUCUGCGAAAAGAAGCUUGGGGUUUCUCUCUCAGCCAGCCCCUCUCUCUGUUAAAAAAAUGAGACCUAACCAGGAUUACAUGGGAUGGAACAAGCCACGAGUCCCCCUUUCCACUCACCCACAGCAGCAACUGCAAGGGUUUACAAACUUAGGGAAUACCUGUUACAUGAAUGCUAUUUUACAAUCUCUAUUUUCAAUUCAAUCAUUUGCUAAUGAUCUUUUGAAACAAAAUAUUCCAUGGAGAAAAGUUCCAAACAAUGCACUUAUCAGGCGCUUUACCCAUCUACUUGCUAAAAAAGAUGUUUGUAGCCCUGAAGUAAAGAAAGACCUACUUAAGAAGGUGAAAAAUGCAAUUUCAGCUACUGCAGAGAGAUUCUCUGGUUACAUGCAAAAUGAUGCUCAUGAAUUCUUAAGUCAGUGCUUGGAUCAGCUGAAGGAGGAUGUGGAGAAGCUGAACAAAACUUGGAAGACUGAGCCAAUAUCUGGUGAAGACAGCUCUCUAGGACGUAUAUCUGAUGACUUGUCAGCCACCAGAGUGUACACAUGCCCAGUAAUUGCAAACUUAGAAUUUGAAGUUCAACAUUCUAUCAUAUGUAAAAUGUGCGGUGAAACAGUCACCAAACGGGAGCAGUUUAAUGACCUUUCAAUUGACUUUCCAAGAAGAAAAAAACUUCAUCCGUCUCGAUCUAUCCAAGAUUCCUUGGACCUCUUUUUUAGGGCCGAGGAGAUAGAAUAUUCUUGCGAGAAAUGCAAUGGAAAAUCUGCUCUUGUUACACACAAAUUCAGUCGGUUUCCCAGGGUCUUGAUUCUUCACCUGAAACGGUACAGCUUCAAUGUGGCACACUCCCUCAAUCACAAAGUUGGACAGCAAGUGGUUAUACCAAGAUUUUUAACCCUGCAGUCACACUGUACAGAAAGCACAAGGUCCCCACUUAAUCUGGGGUGGAGUGCACAGUCAGCAAUCUCUCGACCACUGAAAGUAUCCCAAAUGGUGAAUUCCUGUUCUGCCAGCAUUUUCACGCCCUGUCGAAAGUACUCGUUCAAGUUUAAAUGUCCUAAUCUAAGCACCCUGGAUUCAGACAGUGAAGAUGAACCGCUGAAACGUCCCGUUGCAAACAGCCAAAAACAAUGUGAUUUCCAAAGCAGGGAACAGCAACGAGAAGAACUAGAGAAAGGUUCAAAGAAAAUCAAAACAGAGAGUGAUAAGGCUUCAGAGCCAACAAAUGCUGGCUUUGAUGGAAUGAGUGAGGAGGAACUUCUAGCAGCAGUCCUGGAAAUCAGUAAGAGGGAAACAUCACUGUCUCUGAGCCAUGAUGAAGACAAGCCCACAAAUAGUCCAGACACUGGCUUUGGAGAUGAUGAGCUGCAGGAAUUGCCAGAUCAUAUGGAACCUAUGGAUGUGGAGAAGCCUAAAGCCCUUGCAGAGCCAGGUUUUGCCAACUUCCCUGAGAUAACUAAAGAUUUUGAUGAGAAUAAGGAAAAUAAAACUCCGGAAGGCACUCAAGGGGAGGUUGAUUGGCUGCAACAGUAUGACAUGGAGCGAGAAAGAGAGGAACAGGAGCUACAGCAGGCUUUGGCUCAGAGCCUCCAAGAACAACAGGAGGCGCGGGAACAAAAAGAAGAUGAUGACCUUAAACGAGCCACUGAAUUAAGUCUGCAAGAGUUUAACAGCUCUCUUCUGGACAGCCUUGGCUCUGAUGAGGACUCUGGGAAUGAGGAUGUUCUGGACAUGGAGUACUCAGAAGCAGAAGCUGAGGAAUUGAAAAGAAAUGCUGAGACAGGAGAGCUGCCCAACUCCUAUCGACUCAUUAGUGUUGUCAGCCAUAUUGGAGACACUUCCUCCUCAGGUCACUAUAUUAGUGAUGUGUAUGACAUUCGCAAGCAAGUAUGGUUCACAUACAAUGACUUGGAAGUAUCCAGAACUCAAGAAGCCUCUGUGCAGAGUGACAGAGACCGGAGUGGCUACAUCUUCUUUUAUAUGCACAAGGAGAUAUUUGAUGAGUUGCUAGAAACGGAAAAGAAUAUGCAGCUGCCUUGCACAGAGGUGGGGAAGCCAGUUCGGCAGCCCAUUUGAAGCACGUCGCUUUAACUGAGCACAAGUGAUUUCUGAACUUUUGUCUGACAUGCAAGAGCCACAAACCCCCGAGAACUCAGGGCGUAGUUGAGACAACCCCAUGGAAUAGGAGGAAUGGACCACUUCACGCCUUCCCUUUGAAUUUCAACCAUGCAGCUAAGCUUCUUUUACCUGGAGUUUCCUUCUUAUUCUUUUGUUUUAAAUAGUCAAGGAAUAAUUGUGCCAGCAGCCAUGGCGUUAAUCAGGCCAGAGGAUUGAAUGGCUCCUUUAAAAACUCAUAAAAGGAUGGUGUGAGAAGCGACUGCAAGUUCACCCAUUUACCUCUCACAGGGAAACUGAGAAGAUGCUACAUAUUCGGUGGUUUUCUAUGCUUUCCCUACACGAGAGCAAAAUAAGCAAUAGUCUCGAAUCUGGUAAAUAUUGUGUACAUAACGUGAAUUGGAAAGUGCUGAAGGCUGACUCAGCUAAAUGGAGUACCCUGGCAUUGCUGAAACUGGGACACCCAUGGUCUUUAAUAAAGGAUCACACAGAUCCAGGAAACAAACUGUCGGUGCUUUGGAACCCAUGGAUUGCAUCUUCACAUAGUUCACUUUCGUCCUUGUUUUUAAAGUUAAAAUAUAUACUAUAUAAAUAUAUAUAUAUAUAAUUUUUAAAGUUUUUAUUCUUUUUUGACUGUGUUCUUUUCUAAGUACUGCCAUUUGCAGAAAGGUUUUAUUUCUCUGUGAGCAUUUGUGUGUAUAAUCUGUAUUAGUCUGUGUAUAUAUAUCUAGAUAUAUAUUAGCUGUGUUUCACUGAAGACUGUCCCGGUUUGGCAAUGAGAGAGGCAGCUAACUGGAAGUACAAGUCCUGGCUUUUGGCAGGCCUUUUUUUACCAGUGCCCAGCUAAUCAGUAAAUGAAGCACGAACAAGAGUUCUGUUUUCCCUGUGUUUGUGUUGGCUUUCAGCCCUGAAAAACUGCACGUGCUUGAAAGGUGUGUGUGUGUGUGUGAUAUCUUUCCCAGCUUUACUCUGUUGGGCAAGAGUUGUAUGCCAACAGAUGAAAUAUUAAAAUGUACCUGGAUUUAUUCUAGUUGUGUGGUAAGUGCAGUUAAAUCAGUUGAAAAAAUCAGAGAACUCUCAAAAGUGGUUAUUUGAUGUUUUCGAGACAUUUCAGGGUGUAGAUGUUAGGGUUUGGUUAUUUAAUAGUAUUUGGAUAACACGAAAUUCAUUUUGAAGCUUGUUUGACAAAAAGAACAAGAAAAAUACUAUCUAGAAUUAAUUUGUUUCAGUUCCUCAUUUUAAUACUGGAAAUUUAUUCCAGUUUUUUCACUUUUACUUUUGUGGCAAUAAAAUUGCUAAUAAUUGAGGUGCCUCUUGGUUUGCCCCAAACUCAGACUUUUCUUUUGAAAAGGUUAACAGGUGUUGAGAGGGUUGUCGUCCCCCCUUCUUGGCAAUUGUUUUUAAUUACAAUUAGAACUUCCUAAGAAAUAGAAUCCUUUGACUAGAAGACACAAACCAUGGGCAUUAGUAGGCAACAGGUAUUACCUGUUGUGGAAGGAUUUCCCUACAGGGCUUAUAGAACUACAGGCUGUGUUAGGCAACUCUGAAUGACAUUUGCUGUGUCAAGGGUAGUAGUAGGGUGAUAACUUUAUUAUUUGCUUGGCUAAUCUGCCAAACCAAACAAAAGUUCUCCCAAGUCAUACUGCCAAAAGCAUAGUGUUUAAAUUUAUUCUAUCGUGAUUUUGCACUGUUGAUGGUCAGAGUUAUUUGAAUGCAUUUUUAGGAAGGAAUAAGGGUUUUUUCUUUAGGUGCAAAAGAGGAACCUCAAAACGAAAUACUGUUCUGGAGUAAGGCUGUACAUCUCUUACUGAUUCUGAGGUAGUGCUGUCCAUCUCUCCCCGCCCCCCGCCCCCCCCCCCGCCACCUCUCCCUCGAAACUCCCAGAUAAACGCAUUAAGUAGUUGUCAUGACACCUACAGGUUCAUAUUGAUAGCAUGGUCAAGAUAAAUUAACUCCCAUAUUUACAGUCAAAAUAUUAUAGGUAGGUGUCAUAAUAAGACAGUAUAGAGCAUCCAGGUUCAGGUUCAGAGUCAUCCGAAUUGUCAGGAAUGUGGACUCAUUAGAGCAAUCAUAUGUUUUUGCUUCAUCUAGUAUUGAGAAUGCAACUUAGCCAGAAGUGAUUGUAAGCCAGUGAUUAUGUCAAGCUAUGGCAACUUUCUAAAUAGUUUUUUGCCCCCUAAGGUGAAAUGUGCUGGCAAGGAAGGUACUAUCUAGCGCUCCCUCUAUAUAUGUAAAUUUACAUUUACAUCCUUGUUGGCAUUUGCAGUCCAUUAAAAUCUGUAGAAUGUGUUGUGCGAGGGAGAUUUUAAACUUAAUCAGUUUUUAUUGUCUACUGUUUUAACAUGAAGUGCUGAAACUGUGCAAGAGUUUACGUUUGUACAGUUUUCUCGGCCAUUCAGGAUUACAUUUAGAACCAAAUUUUAAGUAUGUGGUUUAUAGCAUUUUGUACUAUAGAUCAUCUUGAGAAAUACAGAAACUUUGGGGACCUAAACAGCAGUGGCUUCCUGCUGCUGUUUAGAAUCCUGUUGCCUGCUAAAGGGAAGGUUUGUUUUUAGAGCGGUGUGAUAUGUAACUUUCUGAGACAUUAUUCUUGGGUUCAAAAGAAGGAAGCAACUAAACAUGAGUUCACCCAAUAGAAUUUAUAGUUUGGUUCAUGCCUGCAUAUUUUAAACCUCACUUUUCUACAUUUGCCCUAUUUUUGCUGUAUUUUUCUGCUAUAUUUACUUUUGAUAAAGAAAAAUAGCCAUAUAUGUGUUUGCACUAAGUAACUAAACUCUCCAUAACCUCCACCCCUCCCCAACAAAUCCUGUAUAUAGCUGGAUUAAUAAAAUAGCUCAGGUUGUUUGCUAAAGAAAACUUUAGAAAUCACCAUGCACCUAUUUUUUAAUGAAGAUUUUUCCUUAUAUAAAAAAAGCUUGUUCUUUCUAGCCAUGGGCUAGAAAUUGAAAACCUAAGCAUGCAAAUAUAGGGCAUUAGGCAUCAGUGUUUCACUUAAAGUUAAAUCUGUCCCAUCAGUUUUGCCCUCACUACUGGAAGAUGAAUGCUCAGUGUUUUAUAAAUGGAGUCUGUGGAAAUAACCUUGAAGAUACAGAGGAUUCCAGUGAUUUCUCUAUCCUGGGCUCCCCGCCCCCUUCCACCAUGGGGGAGUCAACAGCAUAAGGUGUACUACUUGUUUCAGGCAUGCAGGGUCUUUCAAGUACUAAAUGGGUUAACAAAACCUGCUUGCCCUGCAGCUAAUUAAAGCUGGAUUAAUUAUAAUUAAAUAGUAUUUCAUUGGAAAUCCAUGGAAUUUUUCAGAUCCCUGUGAUGGGAGUUUGGGGUAAGAUGCGGAGCUGAGUUUCUGUACAAGAAUUGGUGUUCUUUUUGAACCAGUGUAACAUGGGGAGUGAACCGUCUCGGAAUGAAAAUGAAGUGGGUGGGUUGUUGCCCCUAUGCUACUUCCCAGUGUUAACCUACUUCUUUGCUCCCCUGCUUCUUUAAUAAGUUAUUCUCUAAAAACUUAGGGGGAGUGAGUGAGUUGGGGCGAGAGUUCUUGUCAUGUGUGUUUGAGGCAGUUGUCUUGGGGAUUUUUUUUUAAUGUUGGGAGUCACUUUGUGUCCCUUGACACUUAAUGUGGAGCAGCACUUUUCUGUGUUUUAGCAGACUUGUUUCUAUGUAUUCUUUACUAAAUUCUGCCUUCUUUUCUUCCUCUUUAAAUGAUGUGUAGAUUGAUUUCAGAGAAAUUAAACACUCUUCAUUAAUGCUGAA